CCGUGGUCACCAGCCGCGGGGUCUAGUGGGAGGAGCAGUUGCCCAGCUGCCGCCCGGCGCUUCCUGUUUCCGGUUCCCGGAGUGGAGCACCGCGAGGCGCCGUGGGGAACGCUGGCGGUGACAAGAUCCCUGGGACCGGGGUCUGCGGCUGGCCCCUCGCUGGCCCUGUCUCCCAGCCCCAGGCAGGGACUCCCCUUGGGAGUCUGAACUUUGGCCACUCCCUUUGCUCACGACACUAGAACUGAGGAGUUGGUAAACUGCUUUGGAAGUUGAGAUAUUCUUUUUUAAGCAUACCUUGCAGAAAUUAUCAACAACAGCCUGUAGACAGUAACUCUUCAUCAAGGCCAGCACUGUCCUCUUUGCUGAAUGUACAUUGUGUCCCUGUCCUGUAGGGGCACAGGAAGGACAGCAGCAUAUACACUUUCUCCCAAAAGGAUGUACCCCUUCUACAGCUGCUGGGGGACAGGACUACUGCUGCUGCUACUCCUGGCCAUCAUGGUAAGAGAAUCCUGGCAGGCAGAAGAAAAAACCUGCGACCUGGUAGGAGAAAAGGGCAGAGAAUCAGAGAGAGAGUUGGCUGUACUGAAGAGGAUGACACCACUGUUUAACAAAAGCUUUGAGAGCACUGUGGGCCAGGGGCAAGACACAUAUAUGUACAGAUUCAGGGUGUGCCGGGAAGCCAGUAACCACUCCUCCGGGGCAGGCCUGGUGCAGAUCAACAAAAGUAACGGGAAGGAGACAGUGGUGGGGAGAAUCAACGAGACUCACAUCUUCAAUGGAAGUAAUUGGAUUAUGCUGAUCUAUAAAGGGGGUGAUGAAUAUGACAAUCACUGUGGCAAGGAGCAGCGUCGUGCAGUGGUGAUGAUCUCCUGCAAUCGACACACCCUAGCGGACAAUUUUAUCCCUGUAUCUGAGGAACGAGGCAAAGUCCAAGAUUGUUUCUACCUCUUUGAGAUGGAGAGUAGCCUGGCCUGUUCCCCAGAGGUCUCCCACCUCAGUGUGGGUUCUAUCUUACUUGUCACGAUGGUUGUGACUUUGUGUGCCGUUCUAAACCCCGAAAUGUGCCUGCUACAUAUCGUGGUGUGGGGGAUGAUCAGCUGGGGGAGGAUUCAGAAGAAAGGGAUGAUCAUUUACUACCAAUGUGAAUGCACUUUAUACGCCCGGCUUCUUCAGUCCCCCAAACCAAAGCAUACUCAGCCAGAUUUCUUAAGCAGUCUAUUGCAGCCUCUCAUCUCACCCUAAAUGUUGCUCUUGCUUUCAGUUUGCUUUUGGUUUACAUCCUUUUCUCACUAUAGAAAUGCUUUCCCUUUGUUCCCUAUUUUUGUUUUUCCCUCUAGAGAGGUACUAUAAGGCCUGUGACAAAAGGCACUAUGUCUUGGUAUAGGAAGGUACAUGUAGGACUAGUUAUGAGCAAAAGCAUGUGGCAGAUUUGCUGGCCUUUUCAAACACAUUUUCACAAGUUUUUGAGACACUGGAAUUCUUUUGAAAAAAGGAAAGAAACAUUAUUUAUACACGGUUUGAUUGCUUUCAUGCUCAUAGUCUCCAUGAGAAUUCGCAUGUAAGUUCCUGCUGCUUGAAACUACUUUGCAGUCAAUACUUGGUCGUAGUCCAAGUAGUCAUUUGGUCUGAACCUGGGGACGUAGUAGACCUGCUUCUCCCACCUGUGGGGUUAGGAUUGGAAAAGUGAAAUUUCCCAGUUAGAGGAGUAUAAGGUACCAUCACAUCAUUCAUUGGCAUUUUAGUAACUUUGUAGCUGGAAUUGGCCCUCGAUUGUGGUCUUGCAGUUACUAGUCCACAUGUAGCCAAAAUGCCUAACCCGCAGGUCUGGUCAUUAAAUAAGGAAACUGAAAGUGAUCUCUCCCACUUGCAGUAAAGGUUGGUAAAGCCUUUCUUACCAGUGUUUCUAAACAGGUAGCACUUUCUUCACAGGCUUGUCAUUUUGACUUUAUUUUUUCAAUCUUCUGGAAAGGGAAUGGAGGUAGAAGCAGGACAUCUAGGGCUCUGCAUUCUCUGCUCUAGGCAUGGGAUUCUACUAUGCCUGUCCCUGCUUCUGGCUCAGGGAAGUAUCUUCUUGCCCACAUUUCUGUGGGGAGUUUUUAAUGCUCUCCACCUUUCUAUUUAGGCCAUGUGCCCAGAAACCUGGCCUGAUCUUUAUUUAAUAGUGAACCUGUGCCAUUGAAGAGUAACCUGGCUCCAUGGGGCACCAGAGGAUGGAAUUAACAGGCAGGGGCCUUUUACAGCCUUAGAGGAGAAAAUGAUAUUAUUUCAUCCUUGGACUUUUAAAUACUGUUGGAAUGACUUUUUUCUUUAUAAACAAGGGAAAAUAAUGUUACAGAAAACAUCUUUUUGUUAUUUGUUCGCACCCCUCCCCACACUCUAGUGUUUUAAAAAUG